AUGCCUAUAUCAAUAAAAAAAUUAUGUUGUGAUGUUCUGACCGACACAUUUUUCACUUAUUCAACGGUCAAAGUAGUUCAAGUACCAAAUACAUUUAUUGCAAUUGUUUAUCGUAUAAUUCAAUUCAUUAUUAUUGGUUAUAUAGCAAUUUAUAUUGUUUGGAUUAAAAAAGGAUAUCAACAAUUUCAAGAACCACGUGGAACAAGUGUAAUUAAAGUAAAAGGAAUUGCUAAAGUAACAGGCAAUGACACAACAGAAUUCAUGCGAACAGCGUCAACACAUUUAUGGGAUACAGCUGAAUAUCAAGUGCCUCCACUUGAAAAUAAUGCACUUUUUAUUGCUACACGAGAAACAGUCACUUACGGUCAAACAGAGGGUUACUGCCCUAGUGCAUUAAACGAGAAAUUAUUUUGUGAUAACUCAACAUUGUAUUUAUGUCCAGAAGGUGAACCAAUACCAAGUACAUUUGGUUAUUUUACGGGAAAGUGUGUACCAAGUUUGGAGAAUGCUUCUAUAGGCGUUUGUCAAAUAAAUGCUUGGUGUCCUGAAGAACUUUCAAAAUCAACUGAAUUAAUAAUGGAUAGUAGUGAUUUGGAAAAUUUUACAAUUUAUUUAAAAACAUUGGUGACAUUUACAUUGUUCAAUAUCAAUUUGAGAAAUGUUCGUAAUGAUACGAAUUUUACAUGUCGAUAUCAUAAAGUUAAUGAUCCACGCUGUCCUAUUAUUCGUAUUGGUGAUAUUCUUGAUAGUCUUAAUACAAAUAAAGCAGCUCUUCUACUUGAAGGUGGUUUAAUUGAAAUUCGUCAAGAUUGGACAUGUAAUUUUGAUUUUCAUAGAGAGCAUUGUUUUCCAAAACUUGAAUUUAGUGUAUUACAAAGUGGUGACGAUAGACAAUCUCCUGGUAUUAACUAUCGACAAGCUCAAAAAUAUCAUAUAAAUGGCACAGAUUAUCGAACAUUAUCAAAAAUCUAUGGAUUACGUUUUGUUGUUUCUAUAUCAGGAAAAGGUGGACAAUUUAAUAUAGUUGAUUUAUUUGUUGCUAUUGGUUCUGGUAUUGGUUUUAUGGUUAUAGCUGAUAUUUUAUGUGAUGCAAUAUUUAUGUAUUUUCAUAAAUAUCGAGAACGAUAUCGUGAAGGAAAAUUUAGUGUAUGCGUAAUGUCUUCAACCAGAGCUAAUUCAAAUGAACAUUUAGUAUGUGCAUAG